AUUUCACUGAGGUAAACGUUAUUAAAUAUGGGAACUUGUGAAUGAGGAUUUGGGGGUGUGGAUUCAAACUUAAGGAGUUGGCUGAGAGAUAAAGGAUGUAUUGUUGCUCCGAUGGAGUCUGAGAGACUAGAAACAAACUGAAACAUAACAAAAACAUACGGCACUAUCAGUCGAGGCUGCAUUGAGAAAGAAGCAGACAGAUUCUGGAGGGUCGGGGUAAACGUUCAUCUGGAUCAUGACCCAUUUUGGAUACAUACUUUCUAUAUGUCUUAUCUUGACUACAGUGGUCCAUUGCCAGGAUCGUCAACCUAAAGCCAAACCUUCCAAACGUCCAAAGCCUCCCAAGCCUCCAAAGCCUCCCAAGCCUCCCAAGCUUCCCAAGCUCCCCAAAACUCCAAAGCCUGGAAAAGCAAUUGCCAUUGAGCCUACAGAGCCAUUUCAUGCCACAACGCUUCCACCACCUCUCCCCCCAGGUCCAGUGUCUGUGUUCCCAGACUGCCCCAGAGAGUGUAACUGUCCCCCUGACUAUCCCAAUGCACUCUACUGUGACAGUCGCAAUCUGAGAAUAGUCCCCAUCAUUCCACCCAGGAUCCAUUAUCUCUAUCUCCAAAAUAAUUUCAUUGAUGCUCUUCCAGAGCGGGCUUUCAGGAAUGCAACGGAACUCAAAUGGAUCAAUUUGGACAACAACAGGAUUUCGAACCAAAAACUUGAUAAACAAGUUUUCAACAUUCUGAACAAACUUCUUUUCUUGUACAUGGAUAGAAAUAAGUUAAAUGGAGUUCCCCCAAAUCUUCCAUCUAGUCUAGAACAACUUCGACUCUCAAGGAAUCAAAUCUCCAAAAUCCCACCGGGUACCUUUAGCAAGUUAGAGAAUCUCACUUUACUUGACCUCCACCACAACAAGCUAUCUGACGGUGUGUUCAACAAGAAUACAUUCAAAGGUCUCAAAAGCCUAAUGCAGCUCAACCUGGCUCACAAUUCCUUGAAGAAGAUGCCUCCAACUCUACCUCAGGAUAUAUUCCAACUCUUCUUGGAUAAAAAUCAAAUCAAGGAAAUACCUGACAACUAUUUCAAGAAUUUACAUCAUUUGGCUUUCUUAAGGCUGAAUUUUAACCAGUUGACAGACCAAGGUAUUCCCAAUGGUCUUUUUAAUCUAUCAACUCUCCUAGAUCUCCACCUGUCCAACAACAAUCUCAAUUCGAUACCAACCUUUAGCACAAGGCUGGAACACCUGCAUCUCAGCCACAACCAUAUUGAUAAAAUCAAUGGAACUGAAAUCUGCCCAUGUCCCAUCGAUAAUAUUGCUUUACAUGCCCACGAUCUGGAGAUGAUACCACGCCUCCGAUAUCUAAGACUGGAUGGGAAUGCGCUGGCGCCCCCGAUACCAGUGGAAAUAAGGAUGUGUUUCAGACUCCUGCAGGCAAUAGUGGUUUGAAAGCUAGAUCCCUGCAAGUUCUCUUUCCACUUUUGAAACAGAGCCAAUUUUCUCAUAGGGCUAUUAGUCCAACUCUCUUUCUGUCAGAUUAUUGCUAUGAUUGUGUUAAAUGGCAAGGCACAAAAUACUGCAGAAACAGUUUCUUCCUUUUCAGAUUAUUAUUGUUUCAAUUUGGACACAAAAGUAAUCUAACAAAUGGGGCCACUACAUCAGCAUUAAACCCUCAAUAGUGUGUGCAAAUGUUUGCUUCAUAGCAGAAGUAUCAUAUGAAGAGGAAAGACAAGACCAGCUGAUAUGUUCAGUCAGUCGCAUAUAAAUAUGGUUUAGACUCCAUGCACAUCAACCUAUCCUGGAAGAAACAAGGGACAAAAAACAGGUUUUAAAAAGUUAGGUGAUAUUUAGGAAGAAAUAAACAUUGAAACUGUAGUGAGCCUUGUACCUACAGAACACACUUUGUGAUUGCCUCUCUGAUUCUCAAAUACUCCAUUUGCAGUAUUAAGACUAUGAGCAAAUAAUGACAUUGAUAUUUGCCCUUGCUGUGGUGCAGAUCAGAAGAAUGCAGAAUCACCUUUUUCUCUAAUCUAAUGAAAGCUAAUAUGCCACUCGUUAUGUGAAAUUACUGUAGUAUGGUUUGGUAAUAUCUGCUGGAAAGCUAAAGAUUUAUUCCCUUUCUCUCUCUAAUUCGUUGCCUAUAUAUCCUUCUCAAUUUAAGACAUUAGGGGAUCAAUGGGCUUCCAUGUGAAUUGAACCAAACAAGACCUGUUCAAUGCCAAUGUCAGCUAUCCCUUUUGUAAAUCUAUCACCAAUUACAUAUUACUGCAAGGAAAUAAAGCAAAGGCAGCAACAAAAUGCAUCAUUAACAAUUGCUUCUGGUAAUUCUUUUGCUCUCUUAUAGACUUUUUUGUCAUUGUUAAUUGUUUACACAGUGUAGUUUUGUCCUACACACUGUCUUAUCAUUUCAUGCACAGUUAAUGGCAAUCAGACUACAUGCUGUUGAAUUUGUGCUGACUUUGAAAUGAUUAAAUAGUCAUUUUGUCCCUUUUCAGCAGCUGGUGCCAUUGAUGUAGAACUAAUGGACAAGAUAAUAGCAGACAUAAUUAUCACUUCCAAAAUUCAUUAGUAUGAAAUCCAGAGAGGAAGGUGAAAAUUAGUGUUUGUAGUAAUUCAAACAUGUUAAAUUGGAUCUAUUUUGCAUUCUGCUCGAUUGCUCCAAUUUAUUUAAAGUCUGUCUGUCCUCAUGUGGCCUUUUCUGUCAGCCUCUUGAGGAAAAUUAGUAAUGCCAUAAGCAUUACUGUGAGCAAUGUUCCCCAGCACUAACACAAUCAUCACAAAUACAAUGUAAGGCCUGAGACUCUGUAGAGUAUAUCACCUGGCUAUUAGUGAGGUUGUUUCACUUCACUCUUAGUUUGUGCCUUAUACAUUUUUCAUUACUUGUCCUGAAUCUGAAAAUUUUGCAGUUAAAGUACCAAAAUGUAUUCUAAAAUAUAUAUCAGAAGAGGGAAAGGAAAACAGAUCCUUAUUUGGAUCUAUCUUUUCAUGUAUUCAUAUCGAAGACUGAAUAAUCCUGCUUUUAUUCUAGACUAAAAGAUUUCAUCAGAGUGUAUAGGGAUCCAACAUGUGCUUCAGGAAAUAUUGGGAUAUGAGCACUGUGUCUAAAACAUAGAAUUUAUGUUUGUUUCAGCUUGCAAACAUAUUUUCUUGAAACUAGAAAAUGUAUGCCUUCCAUCAAUAGCAAUAUAUGCCAUCAGUAAAUUACGUUUGAGGUCAGUGGCUUAGAUUUUGCAUUCACAACCAAAAUUUCUGAAUUCUACUUCCACUAGAGCUCUGCUCUGAUUCAAUUUGUUAAAAAAAAAAUUGUUCUUGGGAGAUCAAUGUUGGGAGCAAGGUCAUUAUUUAUUGCCUAAGAUGGUUACCCUGGAGAAGGUUGUGUUGUGCUAUCUUAUUGAAUCUUAGCUGCCUAUUACAUAGAGGGACAUCCAAAAUGCUGUUAGACAAGGAGUUCCAAGAUAUAACUUCAAUGUUGAUGAAGGAUCAGCAAUUUGCAUCCAUAUCAAGGUGGCAUCUGAUUUGAAAUGAAACUUAGAAGCUGCUGUGUUCCUGACAGAGCAGUGUAUUGUCCUUCUAGCUGACAAUGGUAUGCAUUUGGAAAGUACUUCCAAAGCAGCCUCAAUAAGUUGCUUCAAUAGUGCCCUUGAAGAAUGUUUGGGGUGGUGCCAUGAAUAUAUGAUGAAAUGUUGAUUCAAUCAAUAAAUCUGGAAUAUAAAUCUCUAAUGAUGUGUUGGAAAUAUUGUCAUUAAAAACAAUCUGGUUCACUUAUGCUAUUUAGAAUUAGAAUCCCUACAGUUAGAAGCAGAAUCUCUACAGUAUGGAAACAGGCCAUUUUGCCCUACAGAUCCACACUGACCCUCUAAAGAGUAACCCAUCCAGACCCAUUCCUCUACACUUAUUACUCUAGAUUUCCCCUAACGAUUGAAGGAAACCCACCAUCCUUAUCUGGUCUGGCUUACAUGUGACUCCAGGGGCAUAGGAAGUGGUUAACACUUAACUGAUUUCUGAAAUGGCCUGGCAAACCACUCAGUUCAAGGGCAUAUAGGGACAGGCAGUAAAUGAUGGCUUCACCAGUGACUCCCACAUUCAAUGAAAGAAUCAAGAAAAAGAUGCCAAGGGUGGAAAUGAGCUUGAAGUGGAUGAUGGGGUACCAAUCUUUGUUCUGGAUGGUGUUGGACUUCUUGGGUGUUGGUACUAUUUCUGCACCCAUUAAGACAGGUGAGGAAAAUUCUAUUCUAUCUAUCCUGAUUCUGCCUUGUGUAGAAGCUGUAGGGAAUUAAGAGAUGGACCAAUUGUUGCAAACUACGCAGCUUUUGACAUGUUCUAGUAUCCAUGGCAUUAUGAGCAUGUCAAGUCUGAUUUGUGAUCAAUCAUGACCCUAAGAAAGUUGAUGGUGAGCAGUUCGGUGAUGUUACAUCUAAGGAAUUCACAUGGAAAUCCAUUCAUCCCGGGUUAAUAUAUUACAAAGGUCUUUAAAGCUGCAAUAUUUUAUAGCAGAUAAGGUUUUAUUUUAAUGAUAGCACACAUUUCUAUCUUGCCUUUAAAUCAAUUAAUAAAUAUAUAGAAUAGUAAUCCUAAAAAGCAAAAAUGUUUUCAAAGCAAGUGAGUGCUGGGGCAAAAUAUCAUUAAAUUCCUAUCAGGUCUUCUGUUCACAUAUAUCCAUUUUCAAAGCUUUGCUUUAUACAAUGAUAGAUUACUGCUAUUAUCAUCAUCUUUUAAAAGCUUGUUUGUUUUAAAAUGUAUCUGUCAGAUAAUAAUUAGAUAAUAGCUUUUAAAAAAAGUCAUUCCUAGCAUGCAUAUUUUAUUAAGCAAAAUUUUUAACAUUAUUUAUAGCCAACAUAUUUUACUAUAACAAAUUGCAGCUUUAAGCACCUCCCUCAUAGAAUUUGAUAUGCAAAUUGUUUUCAUUUGCUUUGUUUUAUUCGUUUACUUGCACAGAUCUGUAAUUUACUGCAGUGCAGUUUAAUGCAUUUCUUGCACAAAAGCAAAUAUUGUCAGCAUUGCUUACUUCACAUUUCGCACAAAAUAAAUAAAUUGAUUUACAGUUCUUCAGCAAAAAGGACAUUGGGAGAUUUUUUUACGCAGUAAAUGAUCUUUAAACUUUUUUUGUGGUUGGUUUUGACAAAAGAUCAAAGAGAGACAAAUUAUUGGAGUUAUUUAAACAUACGGGAUAGAAUCAUUGGAAAAGGGCAUCUCAGAAAUGAACUCUCUGUGAUAAAGAGACUUUACUGCAACAGUUAGAUUUUAACCCUAAGGCCGAGAUGAAAUCCUAAAGCCAGUACAAAGUAUAUUGUUAAAAUAUAUAACCAUUAUAUUUUAAUUGACAGUUACAAAUAGUUAUACACAAAUUAAUAACAAGAUCUUAGACAUGGGAUCAAGUGACCUUAAGCGAACAUAUCAUACAAAAUCUAUCAGAAUCCAAAUCAUAAAUCAUAAAGAAUCCAACAUGAAUAUUUAAUGAGGAAUUCUUCCUGGUUUGUAAAGCAUUUAAUGUGUCUGCAGGAAAGAUUCUACCUAUUACCAGUUGCUUUUCAUAAAGCGACUGGAUUACUAUUAUACAAAAUUCUUCGUCACAAACAUCACAUUUCAGGGGAAAAUUAAGACUUGCUAGGUUUACAAAAACUGCAAGUCUAUCCAUUUUGCCUUCCAAGAGCUGGUAGAGGACACAAAAUUAGUUCCAUGCAAAAGAUCUCACCACACUACUUAGAAAAAAGAGCACUGAAGUUCUCCCAAAAUUUCUCAAUCAAUACCACCAAAAUAAACUUAACUGAUUAUUUCUCUGUUGUUUGUAGAUCUCGCCACAUUUAACAUAAUAUGGGAAAAGAGAGUCAGAGAAUGGCAGGAAGGAGAUUAAACCUAAGAGUACACCAAAAGUCAAGACUGAAGAUUACAAAGACUAUAAGAAGACAGUCUAAUAUUUCUAUAUCUGAAGGUGCAUAGCGUUUAUAACUAAGCAAACAAAUUGAUAGUACAUGGCAAAAUAAAUGAAUAUGGCCUGGCAGCCAUUACAAAGACAUGAUGACAAGGGUUGCAUCUUGAAUAUUGAACAUUCUGUUCAAGAAGAAAUUCAAGAAGUAUAGGAGACUAGGUAAAGGUGGAGGGGUAGCAUUGCUAAUCAAGGAUGACAUUUAUACAAUGACUGGAGAUGACCUUGGUUCAGGAGAUCAGGAUGUAGAAUCAAUUUGAUAAUGAGGAACAACUGGGGAAAGAAGUCACUGGUGGGAGUGGUUUACAGACCCCUUAAGAGUAACCACAAAGCAGGAAGAAAUAUACAAGAAACAAAAUUGGGUAUAUAAAAUAAAGGUCCAACAAUAAUCAUAGAUGAAUUACUUUACAUGUAAACUAAAAAAAUCAGUUUGACAAAAGUAGUCUAGCUGAGAGUUCAUAGAUUGCUUUUAAGUUAUUUUUCAAGAGCAGCACAUUCUGGAAUCAACCAGAGAGCAGGUUAUACUGGACUUAGUAUUGCAUAAAGUGACUGAAUUAAUUAAUGACCUCAGAGUAAAUGCACUUUCUAGUACCAGUGACUAUAAAAUGAGCGAUUCUUUCACUCUGAAAGGUAGAAGAUGGCAGUAAAACUGGUAUUUUAAACUUAAGUAAGACCAUCUAUAUUGGCAUGAAAUCUGAGAUAACUAGAGUGUAUUGUGAUACUAGAGUAAAAGGUAGAUCAAUUAAGAAGCAGUGGUGGACAUUAUGGUUACUUUUCAUAAUAUUCAAAGAAUAAGGAUAUUCCCACUGUAAGAAAACUUUUGCAUGAAGUGCCCAUCAUUCUUAGAUAAUUAAAGAAAUUAAGACAUGAAUCAAACUUUAAAGUAAAAGUAUAUUACUGCACAAAGAUGACUGGGAGGUUUGAUAAUUGUACAUUAUCUGAAGAUUGUCAAAGAAUGACUAAAAGAUUAAUCAAGUGAAGAAAAAUAAAAACAGAUAGCAAGAGUUGCUACAGGUAUUUGAAAAUGCAAAAAGUAAUUAGCAUCAGUCCACUAGAGAGUGACAAUGAGGAGUUAAUAGCAUUUAGACUUUACUAAGUCUAGUUCACUAUAGAUGUUGCAUAAAAAUUGACAGUAAUACCUGUAAAUCCAAAGACAGAAGAGAAAGAACUUGAUGAAAUUACAAUCACUGGAGAAAUGGUGCUGAGCAAACUGCUGCAUCUUUGUGCUCUCAAAUUGAUAGGUCCAGAUGGAACUUCAUCCUAGAGUCUUAAAAGUGGUGUCUAAUGGGGUAAUGGAUGAGUUGGUGUUAAUUUUCCAAAAUUCGCCAAAUUUUGGAAAGGUCAAUUUGAACUGGAAGGUAGCAAAGAUAAGUUUCUAUUCAAGAAGGAAGUGAAGCUGAAAGAGGGAAUUGUAGACCAGUUAGUUGAAUAGAAAAUGCAAGAGUAUUACUCAAAUGGGAAAUGGUUGAAGAAUUCCUAAUGCAUUCUAAUGCAUACAUAACUAAACCUUUUCAAGAAAAUAUAGCAAGUAAUUAAGAAAGCUAAAUGAAUGUUAGCCUUUAUUGGGAGGGGUAUUGAAUAUAAGAGAAAAAAGGUGAUAUGCUUCAGUUAUACUGGUGAAACCACAUCAUUAGGGUGCACUGAUUAAAAAUUAGGGAUCUCCUUUUUUAUGAUAGAGUUUCUUUUAUUUCCCACAGGGUUGUGCAACUUAGGAACCCUAUGCCUCAGAGGGCUGUGGGUGUGAGACAAAUUCAUAUUUUAGGGCAGAUAGAUUCUUGUUAGGCAGUGAAAUCAAAGGUUAUCAGGGGUAUGUGGAAAUGUGGAAUUCAAACACAAGCAGAUCAACCAUGAUCCUAUGGAGGGCCCAAAUGGCCUAAUUCUACUCCUAUGUUUGUCUUUCGUAGACGGGCUGGAGGGUGGAACAACAGCAAGCCAGGCAGCAUCAGGAGGUGGAGAAUUCUCCACUUCCCGAUGCUGCCUGGCUUGCUGUGUUCUUCCAGCCUUCUGUUCGUCUACUUGGAAUCCAACAUCUGCAGUUUUUGUUGUCCCUAAUCAAUGUUUGUCUUUGGCCAGAUAACAGUGAACACGUGUUGCAGGUAUUAUUUGGCUGUGAUAUCCCUCAGAAUAACCUGAGUGUAUAAUAUAGGGUAUAUUUAGUUCAACAUAUGUUUUUCCUUCCUUUAAAAGUAAGACUCCAUUUGGUAGUCCAAACAGUAAUUAAGGUACCUAUCAAUUGUAACAUGAGACACAGUACACAAAUAUAACCAUAAAUUUUCUGAAAUCUUUAAUCCAGAAGGAACUAUAAAUGGCAAUGCUUUUUAUUAAAGCUUCUGAAAUUAUUAACAGGUAAUAUAUAUAUUUAUGUUAAGAAUUAAAUUCCAGAUGUGGAAGAUCAAUAAAAAGGCUAGGGUAACUGUUGAUUCACUAACUGUAAGUUUGUUAUCUUAAACAUCAAUAAAUAAAUAUUAUUUCAAUA